GCACGACAGUGGAUCUCAUCGUCGGCACAGCUGAUCCCAUCUGAUGACUGUGGAUCAUCAUCCGGUUACGGUUCACCGGGUCGCACUCCACUGGCAAGUCCUCAAGGAGCCGAACCUUUUGGAGGACUGUCACUUCCAGUGCACAUUCAACGAGCUUUCUCGGAUGGAAUUGUGAGCGCUGAAGAGACUUCACCACAUCUCGGAGUGGGUCUAGCGUCGCCCGAUCCGAGUAGGCCAAAGCUUACGGUUGUAACAGUUGGCCUGAAUAUCACAGAAUUUAUGAAUUUCACAGCAAAGUAUCUCCUGCAUGCAGUUAACCCAAAGAUUAGAUUGAGACCUAUAAAAUAA